AAUGACUCUGUUUGAUGAUGGAACAUUUUCACAUAAGCAUUGGAGAGUUGGUACAUUUUCAUCAUAUAGAUUCUGUAACGACUCAAGAACUCGCUUAAUAACAGGCAACGCUAGUCAGGGUUUGUACCAAAAAUUUGAUAUUUACCUUAUUUCUGUGAUAAGUUUGCGAUUUCAUUGAAUAAUGGACAAACAUAUUCUUACGUGCGUAGAUUGUAAAGAUAGUUCUGGUUACCGAUGGAGUAACUUAUGUAAUGCAUGUGCGGUAAACGUUUUCAACAAGAUUCUGGAAAAUGGAGCAGUGGUAACGAUGAUAUGGACAGGUUUAUUCAAGAUGAGCAGUUACCAAUAAAAUUUGGACUGGAUAAUACAGUGAUACCUUAUGGUAGUUUCUCUGAUAUUGAAUUUAUUGCAGAGGGGAUACAACCGUUACUUAGUUGCUGUUCUGAUACAGGGAAAGCAAUGACUCUGUUUGAUGAUGGAACAUUUUCACAUAAGCAUUGGAGAGUUGAUUCUGGAAAAUGGAGCAGUGGUAACGAUGAUAUGGACAGGUUUAUUCAAGAUGAGCAGUUACCAAUAAAAUUUGGACUGGAUAAUACAGUGAUACCUUAUGGUAGUUUCUCUGAUAUUGAAUUUAUUGCAGAGGGGAUACAACCGUUACUUAGUUGCUGUUCUGAUACGUAA